AAACGAAAAGAAAGGAAACUGAUACAAAAGGAGCCAUACGAAAAACAAAGUACUCCUUUAUAAUCAUGUCUGGCUCAUCAUUUAACAGAGGUCCUGCCUAUGGGUUUUCUGCGGAAGUCAAAAGCAAGAUUGCUGGAAAGUAUGACCCUCAGAGAGAGGAGGAGCUAAGGGUCUGGAUCGAGGAUGUGACAGGAUGUGUUAUUGGGGAGGACUUCCAGAAAGGCCUGAAAAAUGGUGUCAUCCUGUGCGAACUGAUCAACAAACUUCAACCUGGCUCUGUGAAAAAGAUCAACUCGUCCACCAUGAAUUGGCAUCAGCUGGAGAACAUCACCAACUUCAUCAAAUCCAUCCAAACGUAUGGCCUGAAGCCCCACGAUAUCUUUGAGGCCAAUGACCUCUUUGAGAGUGGGAACAUGACCCAGGUCCAGAGCACCCUGUUGUCUCUUGCUGGCACGGCCAAGACCAAGGGCUGCCAGUCCCGAGUGGACAUUGGGGUGAAGUACGCAGACAAACAGGAGAGGCUAUUCGACGAGGAGAAGAUGAAGGCCGGACAUUGUGUCAUCGGACUGCAGAUGGGGACGAAUAAGUGUGCCAGCCAGGCGGGCAUGAACGCAUACGGCACCAGGAGGCACCUUUACGACCACAAGGCUCACAUCCUGCCCCCCAUGGACAACUCUACCAUCAGUCUGCAAAUGGGCACCAACAAGGGGGCCAGCCAGGCUGGCAUGACAGCUCCAGGAACCCGCCGUGCCAUCUACGACCAGAAGCUGGGCACAGACAAGUGUGACAACAGCACCAUGUCGCUGCAGAUGGGCUCCAACGCAGGUGCCAACCAGAGCGGGCAGAACUUUGGCCUGGGUCGUCAGAUCUACGACGCCAAGUACUGCCCCAAGAAUGAGGAGGGGGUGAACGGGGCCGGGGCCGACUAUGUUGCCGACUACCAAGACGAGGGUUACCAAGAAUACAAAGAUGACACGGUGCCGGUGUACCAAGAAGAGGGGACGGAUUAUUAAGUGGGUUGUGCUUGUUGAAGAUGGUAGAAACCUCAAUGAAGGUGUUAUCAAAGUUAUUAGUAACAUAUGAUUUUCCACCUUUUGGGUGAUCUCAUUUUGGUGUUGGACAAUAGUUCCCUCUUACCCUCAUUAAUUGCUGGUUAGGACAAAUAUACACAUAUCCCACAUGUACUAUAUAUUAGUAGGUUUUUAUAUACCUGUUGAAAUGGCUAUACGUAUGUUUUUUUUAAAAGUGUAACUGCUAAAGCCAGUGCUGGUGUCUGAGCUGUGAUUAGCUUUUUUCUCACAGGGAAUUUUGUAAAGUGCCAAAGCCCCCUUGCCAGUUUCCCCCUAUACUAAUGUAAGUAGGUCGAUUAUUAUUUUUUUUAGUUCAUUUUUUUCUUUUAUUUAUUUUUAUAAAGGGGUGGUAUUUAUGCCAAGGAUUUUCAUAUACAAAUAUUGCCUAGAAUCCAUCUAAGAUGGGUUUCAAAGAUUUAAAAAUCAUCUGUGUUGAGACGGGAAAAAGAAAGCGUUUAAACUUUCAUUGGAAUGUAGAUUUUAAAAAAGAAUUCAGUUCAAAAAAUGGAUUGUUCCAUAUUUGGAAUUUACCCAUCCUUGUAUUUAUAUGCCUAAAAGUCAUAUUGUUAAUGUAAGCUAUUUACAUUUCCUUAACUGAUGUGAAUUUGUUAACUGUUUGUAUCCCUUCAGUACUUUUACUUGGUAAUAUAAAAGACAAGAUGUUUUGUAGUAUCUGUUGAGAACGAGAAAAUAAUGUGUUUUGUGAACAUACCACCGUCUCAUUAAUCUCCCAUUCUGUUCACUUUUUAUGUAUGCUGAGUACUGAUCAAAUCAUUUAAAAAAUAUAUAUUUUAGGAAAUAUUUUGUUUGCAAAAUCAGAACUGGAGCCAAGGUUUGUUUUCUUUGGGUUAGAGUAUCUUGGAAAAAAAACAUUCAGGCUUUCAACAUUCCAUGCUGGAUACUGGAUUCAUUUUGUCAGGUCUCUUCAUUGUUUAAUGUUUUACUGGAUUCACUGACUGAAAAGAGGACCAGACUUAUUUUAGAUUUUUAUCUCUGCCAUUCAAAGGGAACUUUUUUUUUUUUUAUAUUUCUGAUUUAAAUAUUUUUUUUUUUUUACCUAGACUGAAGGAAUUUGCUUUUACUACCUUUGGUAUUAUAUACAUUCCUUGUGCUCUGCUACGGGUCCGUCUUUUUAAUAUGAAUGGAAACAUCUGUUAACGUUUGGAAGUGUACAUGACUAAAGUGAAAUAAAGAUGGACAUUGAAUACCAACCAGA